AUGUAUACGGAACCUCCAGACAAUAUUGUCACUCCGACAACUACUAUCAAUGCUCAAUCGAUUGCGGUGUCAUCAUCGAAAAAUUCGUCUACAAACUCAACGACACAAUCGCAAACCCAAGAAAUUAUAGCUGAUUUUAUCAUUAUUGGCGGAGGCACGGCUGGAUGUGUUGUAUCGGCAAGAUUAGCUCAAUAUGGUUUUCAAACUCUCUUAUUAUCUAGUGGUUCAAAUGAUACAUUGAAUCCAAUGAUGAAAGAAAAAUCUUUGUUUGGUCAAUUAAUUCGUAAUCCAUAUUUUAAACAUUAUCUUCCUGUUGACUCAUCACCAAAUCUUAAUAAUCGAUCUAUGGAUCUUUUAGUAUGGAAUACUCUAGGAGGUAAUAGCAUUAAUGGUGGUGGAAUACAUCGAUUGUUGACAGACGAAUGGAAUUAUUUCAUUAAUGCUACUGAUGAUCCAUCGUUUCAUAUCGAAACAAUGUCGAAAUAUUAUAAAUUAGUUGAAAAUUAUACAUCAACUGAACCCUUUUCAACUUCAGAUAUUUAUGGAAAGAAUGGCUUUCUUAAAAUCACGCAUGCUUAUGAUUCUGUAUUUAAUAAUAUAUGGAAAAAUGUUGCUUCAGAAUUAGAUGAAGCAUUUACUAGUGAAUUAUUCGAUACAAUUGAUUAUGGUUUUUCAUUUGAAACUUCUUCGUUUACUAAUGGAAUCAGAAGUUGGAGUUGUGAUUCUUAUUUAACUUCUACGUUAAAUAAAUAUCCAAAUCUUAAAGUAUUAACAGAUACUACAGCACUUAAAUUCAAUUUAAAUGAACAAACUAAACAAAUCGAAAGCGUUCUCUUUAUCUCACAAGAUGGAUUAUUUAAUGGUAUUGCAAGAAAAGAAUACAUUCUAUCUGCUGGUACAUUUUUUAGUCCACAUCUUCUUAUGUUAUCUGGUAUUGGUGAUCGAAAUAUUCUUCAAGAAAAUCAAAUACCAACGAAACAUGAAUUAAAACAUGUGGGGAAAAAUUUGAUGGAUAACGGAGUGAUAAUUAUUCAAUAUCAAAUACAAAACUUGUCUAUUGGUGAUUCCAUACCAAUCGCUUUAAUCAAUAGUCAAUCACGCACAACAAAUAAUAAUUCAAAUACAUUCUUCGUUUUAAAAGAAGAUAAAAAUACAAAACAAUGGGAAGUAGUAAUAUUUAAUCCUUCACCAAAAUCAACCAUUGGUUUUAUAUCAUUACAUAGUUCUAAUCCUCUUAUGUCACCUAAAAUCAUUGUGGACUAUUUAAAAGAUCCACAAGAUCUUAAUAUAUUUAUUAAUGCAAUUCAUUAUAUUCGUAAAGUGAUGUCAACAAAUGUAAUGAAACAAUAUGGUAACAUAACUGAACUUUUACCAGGUUCAAAAGAAACAGAUUUAUCGACAUAUAUCAGAAAUACAUUAUUCCCAAGUAGUCAUUUUACUGGCACAUGUUCCAUAGGUCGAACUGCAGAAGAUUCAGUGGUUGAUAGUCAUUUUAAAGUUCAUGGAAUAAGUAAUCUUCGUGUCGUUGAUGCAUCUGUGUUUCCCGCACAUUUUUCCACAAAAACUGGCCCGUUUUUAACAGUUCAUGCUCUAGCAGAAAAAGCAGCACAUAUUUUACGUGAAACAUAUUCAUAA